AUGGAAAAUCAACAACAGUCCUAUACGACAGCUACAGUAGAAGGUCCUUCAACAGCACCGCUAGGGAUAACGGCAGAUAUAGUUGACGAAGAACGAUUAGCCGUCCUCCAACGGAUUUAUCAACAGAAGCAAGUCGAACUCUUAUCACAGUACCAACAAGCACAAACAAACCUUGCUAUGCAACAUUUUACUUACUUUCAAGCUCUUCAAACAUCUCAGCAACAGAAACAACAACAGCAGUCUUUGCAAGAUACCAAAGCUUCAGAACAAGCAAGUUCUUUAAAUGCUGUGGAUAUUUCAGAGGAUUGUGAUACACAGGCGUCUCCUUCUGCCAAAGAUUGUGCGGAGUUGAGAAAUAAAAGAUCUUAUUCUGGUUCUGGACAGACCAUUUCUCAGCUAACAAAGGAACGUUUAAAAACGAUGAUUACUAGCAAAAUGAAUCGUAUCCGUUCUGAGAGCAGCAGUGUAUCACAAGCGACAACAUCAGCAGUUUGGACGUCUGCUACAUCGAGCACAGCAAAUUCUGCUUCGUGGUCAAGUUGCAUGGAAGGUCAAACCUCACAGCAGCUGCAUACAGGCUCAGUACAAACACCGAUUGCACUUUCAUCACUACAUUUUGAACCGUAUUACAUUCCUUCCACAAUGCAUGCCAUACACGGAACAUUGCAAGCAUCGGAUUAUCAACUGCGUAAAGUGAGCAGUGAACCGAAUUUGAAAAUGCGAAUUCGUGCAAAACUUCUUAAUAAAAGUGCUGGCCCAUUACAGUCUCAAAGUAGUGCUUUCGCAUUUACACAACGAACCUCUCAAAGCGAUACACCAAUGGAUACUGAUUUUGGUGGUAGUACAUCUUCUGCUGAUUCGCCUACUACUCUGCUAGCCACAUCACCCCAUUUGAUGAUCCCUUCACCAUCCUUACCGAAUCUUGCUUCACCAGCACAAAUUCCAAUGGAUAUGUCGGCAUUGCUUGCACAGGCUAUGUAUUCACCGUUCUUUUCAAUGCCAUCACUUAUCGCAAGUAACACGUUGCAGCCGUCGUUCUCAAUGGUUGAUUCAGGACUUGAUUCAAGUAGCACAUCAAGUGAGGGAGCAGCACGUAACCUGAUGAAAUUUGAUACUCGAAAUCAAAAUACAUUGUUAUCAGUUGGUGGUUAUCCGUCACUGCUGAAACAACAGUUGCGUGAUUUAGUACUUAGACGAAAAUCUUUGGUUCGUGAAGAACCGGAAGAUGAAGCAGCGCUUGGGGCGCAACUUCUGUUACGUUUGCAAAGUGGAUCAGUAUUGAGUACGCAGUUGAAAACAGGUUUGGUGUACGAUCCAGCAAUGGCGAGGCAUCAAUGUUUUUGUGGUAAUAACAGGAACCAUGUGGAACACGGUGAACGUGUACAAUCGAUUUGGUCACGGUUGCAGGAACGUGGUUUGGUUGAGAAAUGUGAACGAGUAUUUGCACGUAAAGCACCACUAGAAAUGCUAAGAACCGUUCAUGCCCCAACAUAUGUUACUUUCUUUGCUGUUUCGCCCACGGCUUGCCUCAAAAUGGAACCCUCGCAGUUGCCUGUAAAAAGUUUCGUGCAACUUUCUUGUGGUGGUAUCGGAGUCGAUUCAGACACAUAUUUCAACGAUGCUUCAACACAGUUAGCAGCACGCAUUGCUGUUGGUUCUUUAGCUGAACUAGCGUUGCAGGUGGCAGAAUCAAGGCUGCGAAAUGGUUUUGCAUGCAUAAGGCCUCCUGGACAUCACGCUGAAUAUAACCAGGCAAUGGGCUUUUGCUUUUUGAACAAUGUUGCAAUUGCCGUUAAAUAUUUGCAGCAGCGAUGUGCUGAGCAGUGUUCACGAAUAGCAAUAAUUGAUUGGGAUGUUCACCACGGCAACGGUACGCAGAUUUGCUUUGAAGCUGAUCCUUCGGUGCUUUAUUUAUCUCUUCAUCGUCAUGAUAAUGGGAACUUUUUUCCGGGUACUGGAGCUGUUACUGAAGUAGGUGUUGGAUCGGGUAAAGGUUAUACGGUAAAUAUACCAUUUUCGGGUGAAAUGAUGGAUGAUGCCGAUUACUUAGCGGCAUGGCGUGUUAUCGUUGCGCCUAUAUUAAAUGAGUUCAAACCGACAUUCAUCAUUGUUUCAGCUGGCUUCGAUGCCGCAUGCGGACAUUCUCAGGCUCUUGGAGGGUACAAUUUAUCUCCACAGUUGUUUGGUUAUUUUACACGACAGCUUAUGAAUUACGCUGGUGGACGUGUCGUACUUGCCUUAGAAGGUGGCUACAAUCUUGAUACUAUAUCAGAUUCGGCCGAAGAAUGUGUUAAGGCAUUAUGCGGUGGAAGCCCUGAGACGACCGGAAAAUUGAGUGAUAAGGCUUUGAAUGCAUUUCCUAAACAAAGUGCACAGGAGACGAUACAAAAGGUAAUCGCCAUUCAUAAGAAACAUUGGCCAUCGUUGACAGCAGUGCAAGGCAUUGGCAGCAGUGAACUUCAGUGGCAAGCUGUGGCACAGAAAUUUGCUUCUCUCUCUGUUUGAAUGAAAAGACGUUUCUUUCGACAAAUUGUUCGGGUUUCAUUUUCAAAAUUUCAGAUUUCGGAGAUGUUUUCGAUUCAUUUUUUGUAGUAUCCAUAAUCCAUAAUGUGAUUUCCAGUGAUUGAAUAUAUUUAACGAAAUCAAUUAUGUAAAGAUAGGGGAUCGAGUUUGAAGAUUGAGAAUGUAGGGAAUAGGUUUCU